AUGACUGUCAUUUAUAAAGGUCUUGAUUGUCUUGCUGAUAAAGAUGAUCCAGAAUAUACUAAAUUGAAAACCAUUUCACAAUCAGGUGUGAAUGCUUGGGCAUAUCAGAAGAAUUAUGGGUAUUAUGUUUUAUAUUUUGGUGCUGUUUUGAUCUUUUUAAUGAUUAUUAAGAAAAUUUGGUUUACUUUUAAUGAUUAUUCUUAUAGAAAUACAAAAAUUGGAGGAGGGAAAUAUAAUUUAUCAAGUUUGAAUAAAUUUAUCGGUAUAACAAGAUUGAUUUCAUAUAAAAAGUUACCAAUAAUAUUAUCAAGAAUAACAGGAUUACCAGCAUCAAUUGGAACAUUAAUAAUCUUGAUAUCAUCAACUUUAUUUGUCCUAUGUUAUUGUUUCAUUCCACAUUUUUGGUAUAGAGCAUGUCGAGGGUUUGGAUCACCUCCACUAUCAGUCCGUGCCGGGUUGAUGUGUAUGGGUAUGACUCCAUUCAUAUUCAUCCUUAGUGGGAAAACAAAUUUCAUAAGUGCAAUGACUGGUAUAAGUUAUGAAAAAUUAAAUAUUUAUCAUCAAGCUUUAGGUUGGGGUUGUUUAUUCCUAAGUUUAGUCCAUACUAUCCCUUUUUUAGUCCAACCUGUUCGUGAAGGUGGUGCUUCAAAUUUAUCUAAAACUUUUAAAAGUGAUAAUUUAUAUCAAAAUGGUAUCCCAGCUCAAAUCGUUUUAGGUUUAUUAUGUUUAUUAAGUACAAGAUUUUCAAGAAAAUUAUGUUAUGAAGUUUGGUUACAUGCGCAUUGGAUCUUGGGAAUUGCUUAUUUUGCCUUAUUAACAUGGCAUAAUGUACGUGGAUCAACAGAAUUAGAUGCUGAACAAUACAUGUGGGGCACAUUAGGAUUUUGGGGGUUUCAAAUGAUUUAUAGAGCUUUAGUUAAAACAAGUUUUUUCAAACCAAAUCAAUAUGUUUUCAAGGCUAAAAAAGGUGAAUUAUCAAGAUUAAGUAAUGGGAAUUUCCAAAUUAUUAUAAAAGUGGAGACUCCAUAUGAAUUGAAUUGGAAACCUGGUCAACAUUUAUUUAUUAGAUUUGUUUAUGGGCUUUCAACUUUGGAUAAUCAUCCUUUUUCGAUAUUAUCAAUUCCUAAACAAGAUUCAAAAUCUCAUAUAAAAUUAAUUGUUAAACCUCAUAAUGGGUUGACCAAGAAAAUUUAUAAUUUGAUUGAAGAUGAUGAUGAAAAGGCUGGAAAACAAUUGAACUUAUAUAUUGAUGGUCCUUAUGGUGGUAUAAAUCGUGAUGUUUUAUCAUUUGAUAAAGUCUUGAUGGUUUCUUCAGGUUCAGGAGUUACAGUUACAUGGCCAUUUGUUGAAUAUAUUGUGGAUAAUUUAGAUAAAUUGACAAAUAUGACCCAACAGUUUGAAUUUAAAUGGAUUAUUAAAAAUAAUGAAUCUAUUGAAUGGAUUCAAGAAGAAUUGAUUAAUAUCCAACCAAAGAUUGUUCAUAAUAAACAAGAAGUUUUAGAAAAUACGGACUCAUCAUCAUCAACAGAUGAUUUGAAAUCAAUCGAAGAAAAAAUUUCAAUAUCAAAUUUACAUCAUUUUAUAACUAUUCAUAAAGGACAAAAACCAUCAAUGUCUUCAUAUUUACAACAAGUGGAAUUAUUAUCCAAGAAUUGUGUUAUUGUGUCAGGUACUCAAUCUUUACAAUGUGAUGUAGGUAAUGCUGUUUCACAAUUACAAAGAAAAGUUAUAAAGGGAGAAAUUGAUGAAUUGUAUCUACAUAGUGAGAAUUUUGGAUGGUGA